AUGUCAAUGGCAGGACCCUCAACAGCCGCGCUCCAAACGAGUCACACAACGAAGCGUCUCUCGACGCACGCCAGAGCUCCGGUAGCGAGCGGGAAACCUGGUCCCGGCCCUUCAGGGGGGUUGACGGGUUCGGGCGGCGCUGGGACGGGCGGUGCAGGUGUAGGCCUGGGGAAGGAGGUACUGAAUCCCGGAGAGCUGUGUGGAUUUGUGGAUACGCUUCUGAGCCAGUUGGAGACGCGCUUUGACGAGAUGAGUGAGCAAGUCACUGGCCGUAUGAAUGAGAUGUCGGCCCGGAUAGACAAUCUCGAAAACACCAUACAGGAUCUCAUGACGUCCGAUAUCGAUGUGCCGCCCCCGCAGCAGGAUGGCUCGACACCCCUAGGAGUUGCACGGUAG